AUGGAGCAGGAUGUGGAGAGCCCCGUCACAGUGAGACAGCCACGGCUGCCCAAGCAGGUACGAGACGACGUGCCCAAGCAGCUUCAGGACAGCGAUCAAGCCAAGCGCAAGAUCCAGCGUUAUGUGCGCAAGGAUGGCAAGUGCAACGUGCACCAUGGCAACGUCCGCGAGACCUACCGCUACCUCACAGACAUCUUCACCACGCUAGUGGACCUGAAGUGGCGGUUCAACCUCUUCAUUUUUGUGCUGGUCUACACAGUAACGUGGCUCUUCUUCGGCCUCAUGUGGUGGCUGAUUGCCUACGCACGAGGGGACCUGGAGCACAUAGGCGAUGAUACAUGGACACCGUGUGUCAACAACCUGGAGGGUUUUGUCUCAGCCUUCCUGUUCUCCAUUGAAACGGAGACAACUAUUGGUUAUGGGUACCGGGUGAUCACAGACAAGUGCCCAGAGGGCAUCGUGCUCCUACUAGUGCAGUCAGUGCUGGGCUCCAUUGUGAAUGCCUUUAUGGUGGGCUGCAUGUUUGUGAAGAUCUCACAGCCUAAGAAGCGUGCAGAGACAUUGGUGUUCUCCACCAAUGCUGUCAUCUCAAUGCGUGAUGGUCGUCUCUGUCUGAUGUUCCGUGUCGGUGACCUGAGGAACUCGCACAUCGUCGAGGCCUCAAUCCGAGCCAAGCUGAUCAAGUCCAAACAGACCAAGGAGGGAGAGUUUAUUCCCCUCAACCAAACAGACAUGAAUGUGGGCUAUGACACAGGCGAUGACCGCCUCUUCCUUGUGUCCCCACUCAUCAUCUGCCAUGAGAUCAACCAGCAUAGCCCUUUCUGGGAGAUCUCCAAAGCCAACCUAGUGAAGGAGGAGCUGGAGAUUGUUGUGAUUCUGGAAGGCAUGGUGGAGGCCACAGGAAUGACCUGCCAGGCUCGCAGCUCAUAUGUGGCCAGUGAGAUCAAGUGGGGCUACCGCUUCAUGCCCGUGCUCACGCUGGAGGAUGGCUUCUACGAGGUCGACUACAACAGCUUCCAUGAGAUCUACGAGACUAACACACCGAGCUGCAGCGCACGCGAGCUGGCCGAGAUGAGCGCACGUUCGCGCCUGCCACUCUCCUGGUCCGUGGCAAGCAAACUGAGCCAGCAGGGCCUGCUAGACUCACGCAAUGAUGAGGAAGAGCAGGAGAAGGAGAGCAGAGAGACACAAGAGCAGGAACGCAAUGGUGACAUUGCCAACAUGGAGAACGAGUCCAAAGUGUAA